AUUUGUUUUUCUUGCACAGGAACACGCGCUGAUGGUCGCGAGGAUUCAGCGAAGUUCUCGCACGGAACGCAGCGACUGAGUUCCUCUCAUCCACAAAAAAAAAAAAGAAUCGAGUUGAACAUCCAGUGAAAAAAAAAGGAAAGAGAGUUUGGCAGGAACACUUUGCUUUGUGAAUUGCAAAAUUUUAUUUCGGAGUGCGGUCUUUUCGAUCUCCCGAUAUAUUCAGCAUGUCCAUGGCCCCGGGCAAGGACAACUUCCUCAACUUGAAUAUUCUGCCGUACUGGCGCAGUUUCGUGGCCGUCGGGGUGCCUCUGAUUCUACUUCCGGUGCUCUCAGGCAGUUGGCACGAGGAACACACAAGAUGUGGUUAUAUUGUCAUCAUCAUGGCGACCUACUGGAUGACAGAAGCUGUGCCCUUGGCCAUCACUGCCCUCAUUCCUGUGGUCUUGUUCCCACUGCUUGGUGUCCUGAGCACUGAUCAAAUAUGUGAAGUUUACCUGAAGGAGACCAACAUGAUGUUCAUUGGUGGAUUGAUCGUUGCAAUAGCUGUGGAACAUUGCAAUUUGCACAAAAGAAUAGCUUUGUUUGUUUUAUUGCAUGUGGGUUCAUCACAAAGAUGGCUCAUGAUGGGAUUCAUGAUGACCACAAUGUUCUUGUCCAUGUGGAUUUCAAACACUGCAACCACUGCUAUGAUGGUGCCAAUUGCUGAAGCAGUUUUGUUUGAAUUAUACAAGAAAAGAGACGUCAUCGACGAUCAAUUGGAGCUGGCCGAAGUUGUUCCCAAAGAACCUGAGAACAACGACGUCGACCAUCACGACAAAACGAAGCCGAUGGACGAUGAACGCGACGUCAUCGGGGCGCCGGCGGACGGCGAGGCGUCCUUUUCGCGCAAGAGCAGCACGAGGGCGUCGUCGAGUCGGGCGGCGUAUUUGAGGGACAAUGGGUUCUCUGUGAUCCACACCGACCAGCGCCACAUGACCGCCGCCGCCGCCGCCGUCGACCCCACUGACCCCACUGUGCAUCGCAGAUCCUCCGUGUACCACGGCUCUGAAAGCGCCGCCGCAUCUCGGAUGGGCGCCCGCAUGGGCGCCUACCAGCACCACCGCGGCAUGACGCUCAUUUCCAUCGCGUACGCGUCCAAUAUCGGCGGCACUGGGUUCCUCACUGGCUCGGGACCGAAUCUCGUCCUCAAAUCCAUGCUCACCAAGUAA